AUGCACCUCCAUGGGCGGCUCGGCUGCGAGCACGCGUACCCCGACGAGCUAAAGGACCUCACGCCGCUCGAGGAGAAGCUCAUCUCGCUCAACUCGUGCUACGGCUUCGUGACGAAGUAUAGCAUCCCCGGCGGCCAGAGGCAGAGCGUGCUCCCGCACCCGCUGGUCCGGGUCAUGGACGAGAUCCACGUCUCGUGGCAGGGCGCUGAGAGGCCCGGGCCGCGGGACCUAUCAGGCCUGCUGUCGGUAAGGCGGUCGGCGGUCGAGAGGGCGCUGGCCUGGCUCAAGGAGAACAACCCGCUCUACGGCGAGGUCGAGAUCGACGCGGCGGAGAUAGCCAGCUGGGGCGCCGCCGCACGGACGCAGACGGCGCAGGUGGUGCCGCCGUCGGAGCGGGCCAUGGACGACGGAGGCGCGGCCGAGAUCGAGGAGGUCCUCGCGAUGCUAAGGCAGGGCCAGGACCCCGCCGAGGGGAGCCGCGACGUCGGGCUCACGUGCGAGGACGACGACAGGGACGGCGCUAGGCCCGAAGAGGACGGGGACGUAAUCAAUGAGGUGCGACGCGGCGAGGAUUUCGCCGACUCGGCGGACGCCUCCUUCUUUGCAAAGGCCUUUCCGACCCUGUUCCCUUUGGGCGCCCAGGCGGAGCGGGUUGCAGAGGGCCUUAUGUCGACGCGGAACAUGAAGCUCCAGGCAUGGGCCGACGUCGUGCUGCGGCGUCACGGCGGCCGGUUCGCGACGCACCCUAUCUUCGCCUUCCUUGUCUUUAACAUGGGCGUGCGGUCUAAGAACCGCCAGGCCAGCAUGCUAGGCGUAGCGAGGAAGAACUUCGCAAGGGUCGAGGGCCUACUAAAGUCGUUAACGGCGCAGAGGCUCGAGGCGGCCAGGCCGAGCUCGAGGCCACAGUUACGGCUAGCGGCGCACCGCGGCCGCGACCCCGACGAGGCCGAGGCCUUCCUAAGUGACCUAGGGACCGCGUAUAAGCGGACGCGGCUGGCCAUAUCGGACCCGAUGAGCUCGGCCGUCUUCUUCCACCGGGAGAUGACGCUCUUCUUCGAGCACUACGUCAACGUCGGGGAGGAGUCGGUGUUCGGCCACGUCGGCGCAUACUACGGGCGGGGCAACGCGGGCAUUGGCGACGCGCUCGCCGGCCCGGACGCGGAGGAGCAGGCGGCGUACCGGGAGCGCAUCGUCCGCUACGUAGAUAGCGUCUUCUCUGAGGAGCUAGACGCAGAAGGUUACUGUGCCAUGCAGGCAGAGCGGUCGGCCACGGCGGACAUAUCGUCGCGGCUCGACGACGUCGCGCGCUUCACGGACACCUUCGACGAGGAGGCCAACUUCUGCGCGGGCGCGACGCAGAUCCAUACGCAUAGCGCGACCUGCGCGCCGUGGAGGUUGGUGGAGAGGACGGCGCUGACGGCGGACGGGGUGCUCGAGAUCCGGCGGACGCAUAGCAUGGUGAACCGGUGGAACAGGGCGAUGGCAGUGGGGCUACGACACAACCACGACAUCUCGUUCAUCGCGACGCAGCGCAAGACCAUGGCCCUAAUCUACUAUAUUACUAACUAUGCGACGAAGGUAGAGGACCCGGUGUGGAAGCGUGUGGCCGCCGCGGCCGAGUUCCUUCCUGUGCUAGAGCCGACGGGAGAGGGCAACAGAAGUGGCGCCGACCGCGACAGGAAUAAGACGAGAACGUUCCUGCUUAAGGCGGCGAAUCGAGUCUUUACGGAGCGGCCGCUGUCGCAGGUCGAGGUGAUCGCGCACCUCCUAGGGUACCCGGCGGAGUUUAGCAGCGGCUCAGCGUGGGCGUAUAUAAACGCAAACCAGCUCUACUGGGCCGUCUUCCGCCGGUGGCGGCACCUCCGACGGGCGAGCGGCGCCGAGGCGACGGGCGACGCGCCGGACGAGACGGUCGUCGUCGAGGAGGCUGGCCUGAGGAUCCCUCUCGUCGAGGCCUACCGGCACCGGGGCGAGCUCCUGCGGGCCUCUGCCUUUAUGACUACGCAUCGCUUCAAGGAGUUCAGCGAGGAAGACGACGAGUCGUGCCACCGGAGGGCGGCGGUGCAGCACCUGGCCCUAUUCGUGCCGUGGGAGUCCUUCCUCGGCGAGGAGGCAGGCGACAUUAACAACAUCUGGGCACGGGCGCGGAGUCGCUGGCGCCGAGGGUCGCGCGGCUCGCAGACAACGUGCAGCUCCUCCGGCGGUCGGCGGAGGACGCGAAGCGCGACGCCAAGCAGGGCGGCCGAAGGGGGCGAGGAGGCAUACCGCGCCGGCGGGGCGGGCGACGCGGCUCGGCUCAUCGACGUCGUCCGGAACGCCGCCAGCGCGGGACAAGUCACGGCGCAGUCAACAGAGCUGCUAGCGAUGACGCAGCAGCUCUGCCGGUUCCAGCAGUCGGCGCUCGGGUCGGCGGCCGAGCUCGCGGCGACGGUGGUGGCGGACGAGAGGGCAGGCAGGCGGGUGAACCUACCGGGCUCGGCGCUGUCGGGGGCGGCACUGCCGCGGCAAGAAGAGGGCAUCCAGGGCGGCGGGGCGGCGGCGGGCGUCGGGGCCGACCGCGGCGCGGCCCUUCGCGGGGUGAUGGGGGGCUUCGGCGAGGACGACAUCGACGUAACGGCGGCCGACGGCGACGCAGACGCAGGCACGGCGGCGGGGAUGCGCGUGCGGCUCGGCCCGUCGAGCUCGUUCGUCGCCGCCGGCAGGAAGCUGGCGGGCCAGCUCACGCUCAACGAGAAGCAGGCCAUCGCCCUCCUAAUCGUGUGCCGGCAACUCGACCGAAUCCGGCAGGGCGACGACGCAGGCGGCGACGGUGGUGGCCAGCUCUGCCUAUUCAUCGGCGGCGAGGGCGGCACCGGCAAGUCGCGCGUCAUCGAGGCGCUCGUCGAGCUGCUCGCCCGGAGGACCUAUCGAGCCGGGGCGGCCGGGCGGGAGGGGGACGAGGACAUUGACGGCGUACGGCUGGCGGGCCAGGGCGAGCGCUUCGUCGACGGCCGGUCGCGGAUGGACUGGCAGGAGAAGGAGGUGCUGGUGAUCGACGAGGUCAGCAUGCUCGGGGCGCGGACGCUGCACGCCGCCAACGAGCAGCUCUGCCGGCUGCGGGGGUCGGCGCGGGACUUCGGCGGCAUCCCGGUAGUGAUCCUCUGCGGCGACUUCCACCAGUUCCGGCCGGUGCAGGAACGGUCGAUCCUGCUGCCGAGCGCGGCGGUGGCGUGGGACGAGGACGGGGCGUUCGCGGCCGAGCAGCGGCGGCGGCACGACAAGGCGCACGCGCUGUGGCGGCGCUUCACGACGGUCGUCAUGCUAGACGAGCAGAUGCGGGCCGCCGGCGACCCGGAGCUGCGGCGGCUGCUCGGGCGGAUCCGCCGGGGCGAGCAGGACCGGUCGGACCUAGAGCUGCUCAACUCGAGAUGCUACCGGCCGGGCAGGCGGAUCCCGUGGGAGACGGGCCUGACGGUGGUGACGCCGCUCAACCGGAACCGCUGGAACCUCAACCUAGAGGCGGCGCUCGCGUUCCGGGAGAGGCGGCGGACGGCGGCGCGCGUCCUCUCCGAGCAUAAGUGGAGGGACGGCCGCGACCCGGUGCCGGCCGUCUUCCUCUUCGUGCCAGGCAUGCCGGUCGUCGUGAACCAGAACACGCACCAGGGGCUGAAGCUUGUGAACGGGGCCGGGUACACGGCGGUGGACGUCAUCCCCGACCGCGCCUUCCCGGCCACCGCGUCUCGGCGGAGCUCAUCAUGCACUUCGGCCGCCGGCGGGCAUCGUGCUGGCCUCGGAGACGACCAAGGACUUCCACUUCGUCGGGAUGCCUGCCGGGACGAUCCUGCUAACGCCCAUCAGCGUCAAGAUCACAGCGCAGCGGAAGCGGCCAUGGCAGCGCAACGACGUCAGCCGGAGGGCCUGCCGUGCGCCGCGGCCUUCGCCUGCACCGACUAUAAGGUGCAGGGCGGGACGCCAGAGCGCGUGGCGCUGGAGCUGCGGGGGCGAGGAUGA